AUGUCACAAGACCCUCUCUACUUGGAUAUUAACAGCUUGGCCAGCCUCGCUGAUCUCUUUCGGAUGGUUGAAGAGCCUGAGUGUUCCAAAGUUCGAUUUGCCGAAAAUGUGAAUCUACGAAAGUAUAUCGAAAAGUCUUAUAGAGGGAAUAUCUUACCCUACAACAAUUGGACACAACGCAUGUUACGUUUGGAAGAAAUUAAACUUCGCUUACCUUCACUUGCGAAUGCGGGUGAUGUCGAUGAACUCGUUCAAAGGUUGAAUAGCGCUAGCCCCCUUGAUGAAGAGCAGAGUUAUUCGGCUGGGAUAGUCAUUCAGCUGGUGACACGUUUGUUGACCUUUUCGCUGCAAUUUCGAAGAUCUCUCUCCGCUGUGCCAAAAGAUCGUUUAACUUCGGCUCUAUCUGCCGUAUCGGAUUACCACAGUGCUGUGUUGGAUCUCUCGAACCCUUUCACAACGUUACCGUGGAAAGUACUUGAGAACGAUUUCAUGGAAAAAGCUCAAAAUAUGUUACAAUUACCUUUCAAUCCGUACAGCGAUCCGACGGGUGAUAUGAAAGCAAUCAUUUCCGGUGCAUCUCCUUUUGUAGUCACAGGUGGUGCGAUACAACCCUUGGACACGACCGUAAGCUUUAUUGAAAACAUUUAUCGUCAGGCGGCCGGGCAAUUCAAAUCCUUUGACAAAUCCGUUCAUUCCGAUGCUUCCUUCACACAAUUUGGGUUCAAGGAAUUUGUGCGCCAUAAAAUCCCAAUGAAACGGGUUAUCAACGGGGCAUACAUAUGUUACGCGGAUCCUUUGAACAAAACGUAUUAUUACACCACCCUCACACUUGACCCAUUUCGAUUCAAGGUGUUAAAGAACCUGAUCAUUUAUGAGAUCGUUUCCGGAAAAGCGGCCUACAUUCACAGUGCCUUGCACCUCUUCAUGAGUAUGUGCACGUGUGAAGAGGAUUUCCGAUUGAUGAUCAAUUACGGAAUCAUUCAAUGGGGAUUUCCAAUGGAAGGGUAUGCUAGUUUUUGUGAAAGAAUGAAGGAGCUGUUGGACAUUAUGUAUUGUUGGAAAUUUACAAACACGUGGACCUGGCACACGGAAUUGGUCAAGAUUGCAAUGUGGAAGGAUUCAAAGGGGGACACAUCCACAUGGAAUGACUUUGCAACUACUUGCUAUUCCGGAGGAUUGCUCAAGACGGAAGUGACCGCUGCUAUAUUCAAGAGCCUUUGUUAG